CGCGGGUCGCGACGAACCACAACACCAUCAUUGGUCCAAUCGUAAUACAAAUGCCUCGUCAAUCAGGUCCGAUAUCAACCUUUGCCGACCGCCCCGCCGAUGCGAAGUCUACCCAAGAAAUCGCGAGCGAACCCGUUAACCCCGCCACAACCUCCACCACCACAACAAACGCGACAUCACCUUACUCCCCUCCCUCAGGUUCAACGUCUGGUUCAUACAAGCCGAUCGCUGAUACCGAUGUUGAGAUCUCCUUGAAGAGUCUUGGGUUGACUGGGGUUCCGAGGACGGUUAUUGCGACAGUGUUGAGUGUGGGGUUGAGUGUGGUUGGGUAUUGGUGUGCUGCGCCGUACCUCGUGCCGGGGUUGAGGGAUGUUGCGACGGAGAUUAAGGAGGUCCCUGGGUUUGCGCCGCUUGCGACGAGGUUUUUGGAGAUUGCUGGGUUGGCAUUGACUGAGCACACGAACUGGUACGACGCCGGUCUUCUUGCCUUCCUCGGAAAGAUCCCCCAUCUCCACCUCCUUCACUCCAACUUCAACGUUGACCUCCCAACUCUCGCCUUCUUCACCGUCCUCGACCUCGCCUGUCUCCUCAUCCCAGUCUUCCUCUGCUUCCCUCAACGCUUCCCUGGCCGUUCCGUCAUCGUCGAGGAAAUCAGCCCUGCGCGUAAGGUCAAGGUUGAGAAGGACCACGUUCUCACCACUCUCCUCUCGCUCCUCGCGUCGACGAUUCUUUCUAUCACGAUCUACACCGCUAGCAAGACCUUCUUCCCAGGCUUGUUGUUGACGCACCUCAAGACUGUCAGAACUCUUGUCGCUAUCCCGCUUCCACUCUUGAUCGCUGGUUUGCUUCCUGCUGGGUAUGCGUUCCAGGAAAUUGUUACGAAGCAUGGUCUGGUUAGCGGGUGGUGGCAUGUCAUGGCUGCCAUUGCCGUUGUGUCUGGCACUGGUAUUUACUACGGCGUUAAGGGUGUAGAUGGUUCUGGUGUCGUUGGCGUCUUGUCCAGCUGGGUGGCUGCUACGAUCUUGGCUGCCUUGGGAUUGUCAUGGGCUGCUGAAGUCCCUGUGUUAGGGUAAGGCAAGUGCCCUUGACGGAUUGAGGAGGUUGAGAUGCUGAAGGAGCAGCGUGUAUGUUACGACACGGAGAGGCGAUGGAUUCGAUGUACUAU